AUGAAGUUGCUGCCAUGGCUUCUGCUCGCUGUCGGCAGAGGGGAUUUGUGCCUGCCAGAUGGAAUCCCACAAGCUGACCGGGAGUUCUUGCAACGAAGUACCGGCGAGCUCGAUGUGAUUCAGCUCCUGGCUUUCGAGUGGUCUUCGGCAGAGCUCGUGUCCAUCAUCGCCAGGAUUGUGGUUGAAGAGGUCUUGGGGUACAGAGCCUCCAUCAGUGACCUCCGACCGCUGGCGGUUUUGGAUGCAGCUUUGCCGCUCUCAGGUUGCAAAAGCACCAACUGCUCCGAACUCUCCCCGCAGGUGGGCCACAUAGCUCUAGAGACCUGGAUCGGGGCAUAUGGUGCAGAGUUUCAGAUCUUCAGAGAACGCCAUCCGAGCAAAGCUCCGGAAGAUCUCGGCACUAUGGGCUACUCUGGUGAGGAGGCAAUGUAUGUCUCGCAGGAUGUCCUCCAGGAAGCCUAUGGUGCUACCGGGCACACCCUGCAGUUCUACAUGAGCUACAAUACUUCAAACUAUGAUGCAAAGAAACACUUCGACAAGCUGACGGACCUGCCAGCCGAGGAGAUCGCCUUCUGCAACGAGACGGGGCGGCUCUGGACCGAUACCACGGCCAUGAACCCAUACGCCCAAUGGACCGGUGAUCUCGACGGCCUCGUCGAGGUUGCCGGAGGAUAUCACGCCAAGUGUCCUGACGGGCGCUUCUGGAUUUCGCCAGCUUGUCGUCACAACACAUCGAUGUGUAUUCCAGUUGUAUCUAAUCGUCUCGGGUGGCUGGUGGACACGUUCAUGUUCUGGUCAGCUGCCUACGGGAUGCCCACCGCCAUCGGAAUAUCGCUGAGUGUUCAACUGCAUAUAGACCAUUUUACCAACCACCGAAGCCUGACCUACUGGUAUCGACCGGAUGUCCGGUUUGCACAUCUGGACCCGCAGCCAAUUAUCUUCCCGAGGCACCGCGCGAGUGAGUGGGCACAGGGAAACAAGCGAAGCAUGACCCAGGGAUCCUACAUUGGGAAGCUCGUUGCCCGCGAGCUGCGCUUUCAGGCUUUCAACGUCUACGAGUUUGUGAAGAAUAUGGAGUUUGAUUUGUCUGAAGUGCAAACUCAGCUGAUGAAGGUGGCCACAGAGAAUCAAUCGCUAGAGGUGGUUGCGUGCCACUGGGUCCUUUCAAACAGCCAGAGGUGGAGAAAUUGGCUCCGAAAGGACACAAGCUGCUUUCCUGGGUACGGCCUAGUUGAUGCGAGAGGGAGCUUUGUUAGAUCCCGUGCUGCAGCCGUCAGUUGCAAAUUCUGUUCAUCUGGGACAGCAUCUAGAUCGUUAGUGGAUGACUCUGGGCAGACCUACACAUGUGAAUCCUGCCCUGCUGGCACGUAUCAGGGCGCGUCCGGAGGGACAUCAUGUCUUGACUGCGAGCCCGGUAGGGCUGGUGCUGUCAAUGGGAUCACUGCGUGUGAAGUCUGCGCACUUGGAAGUUAUGCGAACACCUCUGGGAUGACACAGUGCCAGCAAUGUGGAUCUGGAGGUGAGCAGUGGACCACAAGUCGUGUGGCGCUCGGACAGGAGAGGUGGCUGGAAGUAGAGGGGGCCACUGACGAGAGCUUCUGCCAUUGCAGAUCCGGCUGGUUUCUCCAUGAUGGAGCAUGCCAAGUAUGUAGUGAUGGGACAAAGUGCACAGGUUCGGACCAACUGCAACUGCUCCCGGGCUUCUUCUCCAGUUUAGGGGAUCCCGGUUCCGUCUUCAGAUGUGAGAGUGUGGAAGUCUGCCCCGGGGGCUCCCCUGGGACCUGUGCGGCUGGACGUGACGUCAGUAGCGUGGCCUGCAGCAUGUGCCUGGCGGGACUACGCCCGAGUGGUGAGACUUGCGAGCCAUGCGGUGGAGGUGACUACGUGUUCUUGGUGUUCAUAGUUCUCGUGAUCUUUCUUAGCACAGGCUGGCUUCAUGCUUGGUUUCUCUACCAGGCAAAACGCCAUAUUAUAAGACAAGGCGCGUUACUCAGUGUGACCAUGUACAUCACACAGCUGGUCGUUUAUCUGCAGCUCUUGGUCGUGAUCCAGAAGAUCGAGGUGAACUGGGGCGAACCUUUUCUUCUGAUUCUUGAUUGGCUCAGCUUCCUCUCUUUGGAGGCACUCGUCAAGUCGCUACAUGCAAUCUCCUGCGUAGCGCGGCUCACUCCGACGCUGCAGUUUUUGCUUCAGACUCUUGCUGUACCAGCCGCCUUUAUGGUGGCACCGACAUGUACUCAUCUCUUUCUGCAGACUCCCUGCGCCCUCCGCAAGCGUCGAAGAGGCAGUUCAAAGCUCUACGUGCUUCUCGAGACGCUCGGGUCGCUCUCGGUGCUCUUCUUUAUUGUGCUGUGUACUGCUGUGGUGGAGCCACUUCAAUGCCAGGAGCAUCCAAAUGGGGUGUCGACCUUGCAGAGCAGUGCCAGCGUGUUCUGCAACUUUACCGGAGUACACUUGCAUCUUUGCAUCAUUGGUGGCAUCCUGGGUCUUCUACCACUGGGCUUUCUGUCCUUAUGUGCCUGGGCAGUCCUCUGCGAACUCCCGCGACGUGUUCAGAUGGCAGACAUGAAGUUUAUCGUCGCCUUCUCAUUCCUCGUUCUGCGCUUCUCUCCGGGCCUCGAGGCUUUUGCCAUUUUCCUACUAGUUCGCAAUAUGCUCUUCGCUCUGGCGCCAGUGUUACCUUCUGCCAGUGCAAGCUUGCUGCUAGUACAUGUUUUGAUCUGCUCGAACUUUUUCGUGGUGGCCUUGUUCAAGCCGUGGCGCACAUUACAUGCAUCUUAUUCUGAUAUCUUGGCCAACAUGAUCUUUCUCAUCGUCCUUUUUCAGGCCUCUUUCUUCGUGUCUGAAGUCGACAAGGUCGCCUCAAUGGUCCUUUGCACUUGUGCCCUAUGCGCCAUCCUGCUCGGCCUAACCGGCUUAAGCUUCUACACGAUGGCAAAGCUCCUGCUGGCACGUAACGGCAGCAAGCUCUACCGCUACUUCCUGUCCCACCAGAAAAGCGCAGCCGGGUGUUUGGCGCGGCUCCUGAAGAUCGAGCUCCAAGUUCGGGGGUCAAGCUCCUUCCUGGACGCCGACGAUUUGACGGAUUUGUCUUGGCUGUUUUCGGUCUUGAGCCAGAAUGUUGAGGCACUGGUGGUUAUUGCCACACCCAUGUAUCUUACUCGGACUUGGUGUGUAGCGGAGCUCGUUACUGCACGGCUGCACCAGCUGGAUGCCACUCUCCUUGCCUUGCCUCAGUUCUUCAUACCCUCUGAUGCCUUCAUCGAUGAGUUUGAGAGCAUGGCUCAGAGCAAGAUCGAUCUUGCAAGCUGGAGCUUCAGUACAACAGACAUCACGGAGACCAUAAGGUGGCUAAGGACUCUGAGAUCCUUCACGCUUCAGUCGCCCCUGGGGCGAUCUCAGAUUACCGGUGUUGUGAACUUUCUGACGGGAACGAGCAGACCCUCCUCCGAAGUCGUGGACUCGGACUGUCUGAUCCUUGCAGACCAAGAAUCCAUGGAGGCUGUUGCAACAGCCCAUAUCUUAAGGCACUUCAUGGCUCCCCAUGUCUUGCACCUCUGCAAUGUCUUGCCCAAAGUUCUGGGGGCCAGAGACAAAAUCGAACGAACCACCCGGAGCCUCGACACGAGCAAUAUCAGCUAUCGCCCUUUGUUACUGGUAAUGGUCUGCACGCAUGGCUGUCUCGUGUCCGGACACAUGGUGGACUGGGUGCUCCAAGCCUACCGAGUCGCCUCGUCCUGCAAUGUACUACCGGUGACGGCAGAGGACGGCUUUCAGAUCCCGCCGCCUGUGGCCCUGACUGAGCUUCAGCGGCAUCCCAAGGUGCAGGCGGCACGAGACUACAACGCGGCAGCCACCUACGUCAAGGUGCUGAAGGCCAUCUUCGUUCAGGUGGCUGUGCACUUCCUGCCGCAAUCCUUCUCCGAGUCAAGUUUGGAACUGAAGGCCAAGCAGGUGGCUUCGAGGCUGCAGAGAGAGCACUCAGCGAAUCUGAACUCGCUGCUGGACAUGACUGCGACUGGCUCGGAAGCACUGCGAACCUUCUCAUCUGGGCAGCCGACGACACCUUUGAGAACUCUGUCUGUGGACAGCGGUGUCGAUGAGCUGCAGGUCGCAGUGGCGAAGAAGGUUCUUCAACAAGAGGCGCCGCUUCCGACGAGGGAGCGAAGAUCGGAAAGGGGGAAGGUGCUCCCCAACCACGAUGCUUUCCCGCCGCCACCGAAGGUUCCCACGACUUGGUGGCAAUUGCUUCAUCACCUGCUCUUCUUCGGGCUUGGGCUGUGGACCGUCCUCUUUGAGCCAUCCUGGGUUCCUGACUGGAAGCUGACUUUUUUCAUGUACCUCUAUGGUGACUUCAUGUCGGCCUUGCUCCAUAGGACCUUCGAUCACGAAGAGUGCCUAAAAGUACCUGCUCUGGACUUCGUGGCCUACGGCUUUCAAAUGCACCAUGCCUGGCCCAUGGAAUCGACCAGGGGAGUCGGGCUGUAUCGCCUCUUCUGUGACACUGUCAGGAUUCAGUGGAUUCUUCUUGUCUGCUUUGCGGCGCUCUCAAAUCACACACUGCUCGCUGCACAGAUCCUCUACUUAAAGCUCCUUUUUGGUGCCUACGGCUCCGCUGUCGGGCAUUUCUAUGCGCACUUCCCCGAAGGCACGAGGCCCUUUGCUGUUCGUAUCCUGCAGCGCUUGCAUCUACUGCUGCCCCCGCAGCAUCAUGCUGUCCAUCACCGUGAGCCCUACAACGAGAACCUGACCAGUGUGAGUGGGCUGACGGACUUCAUCGUGAAUCCGUUGCUGAAAGACUGCCCGUUUCUGCCCGCGCUGCUCACGCUGCUGGGGCUUUCCAUGUUUGAUAUCCGCAUGAUCGAAGGCUUGUAUACUGGCCUUUUCUAG